UGGGCGAGCGGCUCUUUGAUCGGGCGGCGGUUGGAGGGUCAGCCGUUGGACGCUCGGCGGCGGCGGCGGACGGACCGGCAACGUCAGUUGCAGUUUUGAGCUUCCACGUUGCGUAAUGCCACUGCGAUCGCUCGGAGCGGCUAACGAAAGCUUAGCUUAGAUCGUUUGCGCAAAACUUAGCUUAGCUUAUUUUAGCUUAGCCUCCCGACUUUCAGGCAGGCGUGGUUGGAACAUUGCCACCAGCCGUGCGAUGAGCAGCCGAAGCCACAGAUCCGGCGCCAAGCGUUGUUGCUGCUGCUCGCCGGUCAAAGAUGAGCGCGGACGAUUUUCCAGAGUGGCUCAAGUCAAGUCGCAAUGGGUAAAAGAGGAGGAGGGCGAGGGCUCGGUGGCCGAGUGGGCGCAGGAGAAGUGCGUGGAGCCGGUGAAAGGCCCGUGGACGCUGGAGGAGGACGAGCGGGUGGUGGAGUUGGUGCGCAAGUUCGGCAAGAAGCAUUGGUCGCUGAUCGCCAAGCACAUGCGCAGCCGCAACGGCAAGCAGUGCCGCGAGCGCUGGCUGAACCACCUCAACCCAAAAGUCAUCAAGAGCCGCUGGACGCCUGAGGAGGACCGCAUCAUCUGCCAGGCGCAGCGUGUGCUGGGCAACCGCUGGGCCAACAUUUCCAAGCUGUUGCCCGGGAGGCCCGACAACGCCAUCAAGAACCGCUGGAACUCCACCCUGAAGAGAAAAGUGCAGAAGGAGGGACCUCGCCAGAUCCUCCGGCGGCACCCCGACUCAGGCCUGCACCGCACCACCUCGUCCAGCUCCUCGUCAUCCAGCUCCUCCGACUCCGCCUCCUCCUCCUCCUCCUCCUCCUCGUCUUCCUCCGCCGGACAGGUGGCCUUCAAGGCGGACGCGGCGGCCAAGGAACACCUGAUGAGCAGCGAGAUCCUCAAUAUACUGACGGACUGGAGCCCCGCCCACAGCGGCGAGCACAAGGACCGAGCCGCCAUAUUGUCUCGCUCGGAGGAUCAUCCGAUGAGCAGCGAUAUUCUCAACAUGCUGAGCGAGUGGAGCCCCUCCCACAGCGCCGAACAUAAGGACCGAGCAGCCCUGAUGUCUCGCUCCGAGCUGUUGAGUCUUGGCGGUGCGGACACUUCCUUUGAGGAAGAAUGUCUGGUGGGCGGCGCGAAUCAGGCGGGGGCGCCCCGGUUCUCGCAAGGCCGCGCGGCUGCGAUGGCCGCGGAUGACGGCGAGUUCCUGUGCUUCCCGCUGGUGGGACAGGAAGUGUGGUGGUGCCUGCAGCCUGUGGAUGGCACCGACGUCGGCGAAACACUGAGGAUCAAAAGCGAACCCUUUGAGAGAAAUGCAAUGGGUGAAGCCUGUGAAUCAACAUGAAGCUUCGUAAUCACAUCGACUUGUCAUCAUUUACAAAUUUAGUCCCAUCUGGAUUUGAGCGGGUGCAUAAGUAGGAAUUUAUGUAUGUACGUAUAUAUAUAUAUAUAUAUAUGUGCUUGUCCUGAACUGUGGUUUUAUCUGAAAAGGAAAAGUGGAAUGUUCAUUGCGUGUUUUAUCUGAUUGAUUGAUUUCUUGGGCAGGAACAUCACAACUUCGAUUUGAAUUCACACACGUCACUUUGAAUAUAUUUUAAUCUGCUUUUAACGAUGAAUAUGAAGGACAUUGAUUGUAUUUCAACACUUUAAACUUGAAAUUGAUUUCAAAUGAAGCCGCACGUCCUUUUAACGUCAAGAUUUUAUUGAGUAAGGUGACCUCAUCACAAGCUGAUUUGACUGAGAUUUAUUGAUUCAUGAACCUCAAACAGAAGGAAGUUUAUUGCUUUGACAUAUUUUCCUGCUGUUGAUUGGUUUCUUCAUUCUUCUUUUUUUUCUCCUUUGAACUACUUGAGCAUUUUCAGAAGCGCACAAAUACGAUCCCGUCACCUGAUGAAAUUUUUGGGAAUGGGGUACUUGCUGAUUCAUGAAUGUGAAUGAGAACAAA